CGGCUAGGACCGUCGAGAAUGGCGCGUGGGUGGUCGAUAAGGAUUUUGAGAUUCUCUCGCUCCAGCCAGGGUCUCGAAAAACUUCAUCUCUUCCAUCUUCACCGCAACAGGUUUCUCACACGACAGCAAUCAUGACUGACAGACCUUUGCCGUUCGUCUACCAGUUCGCGGCUGGCGCCGUGGCUGGUGUGUCUGAGAUCUUGGUUAUGUACCCGUUAGAUGUCGUCAAGACCAGAGUACAACUGCAGACCGGCACUGGAAAAGGCGCAGAUUCCUACAAUGGCAUGUUGGAUUGCUUCCGCAAGAUCAUCAAGAAUGAAGGUUUCGGACGGCUAUACCGCGGAAUCGAGGCUCCCAUCCUGAUGGAGGCCCCCAAGCGCGCCACCAAAUUCGCCGCCAACGACAAGUGGGGACAAUUCUACCGUGACGCAUUUGGCAUCCCCAAGAUGACCCAGUCUCUCUCCAUCCUCACCGGUGCCACCGCUGGUGCCACCGAGGCCGUCGUCGUUGUUCCUUUCGAGCUCGUCAAGAUCCGUCUGCAGGAUAAGGCAUCAGCAGGCAGAUACACCGGCAUGAUCGACUGUGUCGCCAAGAUUGUGAAGCAGGAGGGCCCACUCGCCCUGUACAACGGCCUCGAGAGCACCAUGUGGCGCCACAUCCUCUGGAACGCCGGUUACUUCGGCUGUAUCUUCCAGGUGCGCGCGCUGCUCCCCAAGGCCGACAACAAGAACCAGCAGAUGAUGUACGACAUGUUGUCCGGUGCCACCGGAGGAACUUUCGGUACCAUCCUCAACACCCCCAUGGAUGUCGUCAAGUCCAGGAUUCAGAACACCACCAAGGUGGCUGGGCAGGUCCAGAAGUACAACUGGGCGUGGCCAGCGCUUGCGACGGUUUUCAAGGAGGAGGGCUUCGCUGCGCUGUACAAGGGAUUCACGCCUAAGGUUCUGAGGUUGGGUCCCGGUGGAGGUAUUCUGCUCGUCGUCUACACUGGCGUUAUGGACUUCUUCCGCGCCAUGCGGGAUAAGAAGGAGGCGGCGGCGGCAUAAAUUCACAUACCAUUUGUCUCUGUUCGUUCUGAUUAUCUGUACAUGUAUGACCGGUUUGUGCUAUUGCUCUUUUGAUGACAUAGAAGUUAGAUCUUGGCAGCGCCGGCAGGCAUUAGAAUGGGUGGAAGCAUACAUAUUAUAUCAGUCAUGGGUUAGCCACGUCACAAUAUAUCCAGAUACACUUGCGUUAUCCAAAUGGUGUCUAGAUUGUCAGCGUUGCGAAGCACGUGUGGGAGUUUGGCGACAGGAAGCAAUUGCUCAUUCUGCCCAUAAGCCUGGCAAGGAAGGGCAAGGCAGUGUCCAGGAGGAG